GAGAAAUCUGUAAAUGUGCGAACAGGAUCAGUCUGAUCACAGUGAGCUGGAUCACUGGCUGUACAGGAGAGAUGUCUCUUCAUGCUGAUUGGCUGUUUGCUGCUUUGGGGUGUGGGCUUUGCUAUGGAUCAGUGUGAGCAAAGAGAGGAGGGAGUCCCUCCCCCUGCAUCCACUCUGUGUAGGGAACAUGAGAGCCAGACCAAAGCUCAGAGACCAAAGCUGUGGCUCAAAUCACACUCUGCUGGACCUGAACAUGAACCCAGCUCUGUGUCUGUAAAGAGUGACAGUUCCUACCAAGAACUGAUUAAUUAUAAAGAACACUGGUCUUCAAAAAGUUCUAAAAGAAGAAAAAAGCUGUGGUACAAAUCAUACUCUGCUGGAUCUAAACCUGAACCCAUGUCAGCAAGCAACAAACAUCAUAUUAGACCGAAAAAGAAGCCCUUAUUUAAAAAACAGGUAAGGCAGCAGGGCGGACCAGAGUCUCCCGGACCUGGAGCUGAUCCUGAACCGAGCUGGGUGUCUGAAUCCCUGAAUAGUGAACGGGUCAUGAACAUUUACACUCCCAUCUCUCAGAUGCCAUUCUCUGACAAAACACCAAAUAAAAAGCAGACAUUCAAUCCUUGUGUAACCACAUGUCAGACUGUGACAACCAGUGGCUCCAUCAUCCGCAAAACUAACUUUAAAGGCUCAACAGAUGAGCAGCAGCAGAGUUUAAAGGUUCCCCAUCACCAGCCUGAUAGUGGAUACCAAACAGCUCUGCAGGACAUAUUUAUGCAACUUGAGGAGAACAUUAUGAGAUUUGUGAAGACCGAGCUGAAGAGGUUCCAGGAGGUCCUAAAUCCAGAUUACAGAGACGGUGGACUUGAUCAGAGUGAAGGUGAGGGCCUGGGUGGUACAGCUGAAGAGCAGAAGAGCAGCAGACAGUCAUUUCUGAAGAUCACACAACACUUCCUGAGGAGAAUGAAGCAGGAGGAGCUGGCCAACUGUCUACAGACCAGAACCCAUGCUGCAGAGUGCCAACGUACACUCAAAGUUCAUCUACAGAAAAACAUCCAGUGUGUGUUUGAGGGGAUCACUAAAGCAGGAAACCCAAAUUUUUUUAAUCAGAUCUACACAGAGCUCUACAUCACAGAGGGAGGGACUGCAGAGGUCAAUGAUGAACAUGAGGCCAGACAGAUUGAAAGAGGGGAAACUGCUUCCUUCUGCUUGCAUCUGGAUAACCACAAGACCUGUAGCAGCCAAGUGUUCACACAGAUCUUUAAAGAGGAGAGAGGGCUGUACCAGAACAAGGUGUUCUGCUUCAUCCAUCUGAGUGUUCAGGAGUUUCUGGCUGCUCUUCAUGUCCAUCUGACCUUCAUCAACUCUGGAGUUGAUCUGUUAGAAGAAGAACAAACAUCAUCUCUGCUGUCUAAAGUUAGACCCAAAUCUAAACUCAAACAUCUCCAGAGUGCUGUGGACAAAGCCCUAAAGAGUCCAAAUGGACACCUGGACUUGUUCCUGCGCUUCCUCCUGGGUCUUUCACUGCAGACCAAUCAGAGUCUCUUACAAGGCCUGCUGACGCAGACAGGAAGUUGCUCCGAGACCAAUCAGGAAACAGUCCAGUACAUCAAGAAGAAACUCCGCAAGAAACUGCCUGCAGGGAAAUGUAUUAAUCUGUUCCACUGUCUCAAUGAGCUGAAUGAUCGUUCUCUAGUGGAGGAGAUCCAGCAGUCCCUGAUUUCAGGAAGUCUCUCCAAAGAUGAACUGUCUCCCUCUCAGUGGUCAGCUCUGGUCUUCAUCUUACUGUCAUCAGAAGAUCAGGAUGUGUAUGACCAAAAGAAAUACUCUGCUACUGAGGAGGCUCUUCUGAGGCUGCUGCCAGUGGUGAAAACUAAUAAAUCUCAGCACGUUGAUAGAAGUCUGGAGCAUCCGAAACAACCAAAGAGAGUGGACCAGAGCACAGAGCAGGUGUUAAGGUUUGCACUGCAAAAAUACUUCUGCGAACUGGAACUGGACCCAAACACAGCGCACAGAAACCUCAAACUGUCUGACAACAACAGGAGGGUGACACAUGUGAGAGCAGUGCAGCCAUAUCCUGAUCAUCCAGACAGAUUUGAGUAUUGGAAUCAGCUUCUCUGCAAACAUGAGCUUACAGGUCGCUGUUACUGGGAGAUUGAGUGGAGAGGAGUGGUUGACGUCGCAGUGACGUACGGACAAAUCCGAAGGAGAGGAGACGGCGAUGACUGCAAGCUUGGAUCCAACGAUCAGUCUUGGAGUCUGAACUGUUGUGAAGAUGGUUACCGUGCUUGUCACAACAACUUUAGGAAGGACGUAGAUUUGGCCCUACCCUCCUCCUCCUCUGUCUCUAACAGAGUAGCAGUGUAUGUGGACUGUCCUGCAGGCACUCUGUCCUUCUACAGAGUCUCCUCUGACAAACUCGUCCACCUCCACACCUUCAACACCACAUUCACCGAACCUCUUUAUCCUGGUUUUGAAGUGUGGUAUGGGUCUUCAGUGUCUCUGUGUUCAGUGUAGGAGGGAACGUUUCCACAUAUGUGGAAAAAUGUUCCAACUGUUGGCUGACUGCAGCUGCUUAGACAAGCUAAGAAGAGAACCAUGUAGAGAUAUUUGUCUGUUCAAAUGUUAUUUCAAGGGCAGAAAUGUUUUUAAUGUAUGAAAUUAUCAACAUAGAAAAUCAGUGAAAUUUGAUGUCAUGUCAAUGUGUGUGUGUGUGUGUGUGUGUGUGUGUGUGUGUGUGUGUGUAUGCUGAUAAUAAUGUAUAUCUUCAUAAAUGAUAAAGUGUCAUCACGUGGCCCGGGCAUUAAAGACGGUCAAACUGUUAUUUUUUCUGUUGGCAGAAUACCCACUCAUAGUAAUCGAAGUCACGUGUCAUACAUGCCUUACAGUCUCUUAUCACAUGAAAUUAUGGUACUGCAGUAUCGGCAGCACA